UGGAAGAACACAAACACUACGGACUCGCGCAGGGACAAGAGAAUCGAGGAGAAAGUGACAUCUUUAUCAUUUCGUGCGCUCAAUAUGAAUUUUACUUGAUGAAUUUGAUCAUACACGAGCAACUUAGCACGUCAAAGUGCAAUUAUGAGCGUGCACUCACUAAAGAGAGCUUAUAAGGUUUACUUUACACCUGCUUUAUGAAGAAGCGCUGUGUUAUUCGAUUCUGAUACUGAGAUAGGAAAGUUGAAACAUGGGAUCGAAGCUGACUAGGCAAAGUAGUUUGGACAGCCAGGCGACUUUCUUUCGGAGGGGUCGACAGCAUCAUGAGCGGGAUGUGGAGAAGAGGAGUGGAGGAAGAGGAGAGUUUUUAUUCAGUUCUCUCAUGCUCAAGUCCGACAAGCUCCCCGGAAUGCUGCGCAAAUCCAGUCCCAGCCCGUACGUCCGGAGAGUGGCUUGGGUUCGGGAGAUCCAAACCCUGCUGAAGGAGCAAAAGUUGGAGCAAGCCAUCGAUGUUCUGAAACUGCUUAGAAAGGACCUGGGUCUUGAAGGAACAUCUCUCAACGACAUCCUUUACAAGAACGCUGCCUUCCUUAACCUAGUGGAUCCAAUUUCCCAUGAGCUUUUGCUCAGUUUGGCCCGAGACAUGCAGUGUCCAAAGAGGGAGUCUGAUGCUCUCAAGUCCUCUGAGAAGAUCUGCAGGCAGCUGAUCUAUCACCUGACCCCUCACUCCAAGUGGAGCAGACAGAACGUGCCCAGGAAGAAGUCUCAAGCCUGUUUAAAAACUACACUGAAAAAGAAAUUAACGAACGAUACCGUGGAUCUGUCUGGUAUCCCUCUUUCUGGCCGUGAUCUACAUCGUGUGGCAUACUACCUUCAGAACAAUGGUUCAUCUGUGACAGCGGUGGACAUCAGCUUCACAGAGCUCCAAGAUGAGUGCUUACGACUUCUUUUACCAUUCUUAGGAAUGCUACCCAAACUCACCACCCUUGCAAUCAACGGUAACCGGCUGACCGUAGCUAUCCUUAAAGACCUGAUCGAGGUGGUUAAGGACCCCAAAAAGUUUCCAAGUUUGGCCUGGGUGGACCUGGGCAACAAUGUGGACAUCUUUACUGUGCCUCAGCCGCUGCUGGUCGCCCUACGCAGACGCUUUGGAAUGAGAAGCAGCCUACCUACCAUCUACGAAUACAGUGAGGGUCAAAGCAGCAGCUACUGCCUAGAGACUUCUACUGAGGAAAUCAGUGUGUUUGAGGAAGAGGAGGACGAAGAGGAUGAGCUGGAAGACCAUCUGGUGCUGGAGCCCUGGAGUGUAGAAGAGAAAAAUACAUUGCAUUACUGUGAAAGGUGAUGGACUCUGCUGUUUCUUUUGGUUUGGUAUUGUUCUUUUGUUAUUCUAACACUCCAAAGAAAGGUCAAGUGUACCAAUGCUGUAAAAGCAUUAAGCACCCCUUUGCCACAAAACCUAAAUGGAGUGCCAUGAGAUAAAAUGGUUAUGUAAAGACAAGUUGGUGCCUAGAGUUGGGAUUUUAAAAGAAUGGGAAAGAUAGAUCAGGACCUGUUCCUCACUCCUCCAUCUUUAUUCUUUAGUCCAGUUGCUGCAGAAAGCAUCAGUCAAUCUGUUGUUUUAAAUUUUAAACUUAAAUUUCAGGUCAAACACUAACUGACCACAUAUAAAAUAACAGAACGAGACCAAUUUGUAAGACAUAAAACAAGCACCACAAGGCAAUCUUUGCCACCCACAUCCGCAACUUUGAGGCUUCUGAUGUGAAACUUUCACAUUUGGCUUGUGACAGAUACGGCCAAAUGCUCCCCUCUGAGAAGGCUUUUGUCCAGGGUAGAUUCGCCUCAAUUAGACGAGCGAGGAGAGGUGAGAGAAGAGAGAAAAGAG